CGCAAUUUUGGUUAUAGAUUAGUCAAAUAUGGGUCGCGUCAUUCGUGCUCAAAGAAAAGGUGCUGGAAGUAUCUUCAAAUCUCACACCGUUGGCCGUAAGGGUGCCGCCAAACUCAGAGUUUUCGACUUUGCCGAACGUCAUGGUUACAUUCGUGGUAUUGUAAAGGAGAUCGUCCACGAUCCCGGUAGAGGUGCUCCUCUUGCCAAGGUUGUCUUCCGUGAUCCUUACAAGUACAAGCUCCGUACUGAAACCUUCAUUGCCACUGAAGGUAUGUACACUGGUCAAUUCAUCUAUGCUGGUAAGAAGGCUUCUUUGAACAUUGGUAACGUCAUGCCUUUGGCCUCUAUGCCCGAAGGUACUGUCAUCUGUAACGUCGAAGAAAAGGUUGGUGACCGUGGUGCUAUUGCUCGUACUUCUGGUAACUAUGCCACCAUCAUCGGUCACGGUGAUGACGGUAAGACUCGUAUUCGUCUUCCCUCUGGUUCCAAGAAAGUCAUUCCCUCCACCUCUCGUGCUGUCGUCGGUAUCGUUGCCGGUGGUGGUCGUAUUGACAAGCCCCUCUUGAAGGCUGGUCGUGCCUACCACAAAUUCAAGGUCAAGCGUAACAGCUGGCCCAAGACUCGUGGUGUUGCUAUGAACCCUGUUGACCAUCCUCACGGUGGUGGUAACCAUCAACACAUUGGUAAGGCUUCUACCAUGGCCCGUGACUCUCCUGCUGGUCAAAAGGUCGGUUUGAUUGCUGCUCGUCGUACUGGUCUCCUCCGUGGUACCAAGAAGAUCAAGGAUGCUUAAACCUCUUGAUUUUGCCAUUAAUAAACACACGAGUAAUCAUGUAUUAUAUCUCCUUAAUAUUUAUUUUGCCUUUUUUAUGUAAG